GGGAACUGGAAAGGCUGAAAGGUUCGCCGCUCGCGGGAGUUCGCCGGAAGCGCUGAUUGGCGCGUUCGAACGAUGCGUCAUAGCAGCGCUGGUAUUAUACAAGCACAAAACGCUUUCAAGCUCUGAUCUGGUGCAACGUGGCGCCCCAUCGCUAAGAAGCUUCCAAAGAAGCGCGCCGACUGAUCGACUGGCCGCGUUGAAAUCACUCAUACUGCAUAUUUGCUGGCCUUGACUUGUAACUGGUCGCGCCUUGAGUGCACGUGAAACAACCCUUAAAAACUGGAAACGAGAGCUUGAGGACAAGCUUGCGGACUAAGAGAAACACAACAUUACGUUUGAGCGGGUGUGUUUGUAUCUUACGUAGCUUACCCACAUCAAAAACAAUACUGGAACGGGUGCGAGGCGAGCUCGCUCGCGAGCAUCCGAUUCACGCACGCGAGCUGGAGGAGCGUGCGCGCCAGAGCCUGGCGGGUUAGUUCUUCCCUGUUUACUUGGAGGUGAUGAUUCGUUGCAACGUGUUAGUCCCCAUUGCCUUGCCCUUCCGGUGUCAACCCUAAUAGCUCGCGGGCAGAACCCUGUACCUACACGCCCCGCGGCACCUCGGCCCAACACAGGCGAUCGACGCACGGCGUGCCGCUUGGCGCGUUGAUUCUCGCGCCUUACCCUCGGAAACUGCGUGCCUCUGUAUAUCCUGCUCACUCAGGCCUCGGUCAAGCCACCACCUGCAUCAGCCCAAGCGCAACAAAGUCAGUCGCCUUCACACCUACAAAAGCCCCAGGGGCUCGGACUAGAUGGACGGACAUGGGGGAGAAGGGGCCGGCGGCAGCGCUAAUGGCGGCAGCACUAACGGCGGCAGCGUCGGCGACACCCUAGCCCGCAAGCACUCUUGGGCGUUGCCGCUGCCGCGGCCCAACCGGCCAGGCGUCACGGUGCUUGUGUGGGGCCGGAACGACCUUGGCCAGCUCGGCCUGGGGGCAGCAACAGCAGCCGCGGCGGGUGGCGGCGGCGGCGAGGGAGCGGCGCCCGCGCCGCCGUCUGCGGUUUACGUGCCCACCCCUGUCGAGGCGCUGUCGGGCCGAGACGUCGUGGAGCUGGCCGGCGGCUCCUUCCACUCCGCCUUCGUCACCGCUGACGGCGAGCUCUUCACCAGCGGCUGCAACGACAACAGCCAGCUCGGCCGCAGGGUCGGCGAGGGCGGCAGUAGCAUCGGCAAUGGUAUCAGCAGCGGCGGUGGUGGUGGCGGUAGCAGCGGCGGUGUUGGGGAUGGGCGGCCGGGCGCGGUGCGGGCGCUGGAGGCGCACACAGUGGCGGCGGCGGGAUGCGGCGCCAGCCACAGCAUGGCCCUGACGGAGCAGGGCGGCGUCUUGGCCUGGGGUGGCAACGAGUUCGGCCAGACCGGCACCGGCAUGGAGGGCUCCGACCUGGCGCACCCGCGGCCGGUCCGGGGCGUGGGGGCGGGAGAGCAUCACAGGGUCGUCAGGCUGGCGGUGGGCGCCAACCACGCGCUGCUGCUGACGGGCGGCGGCGGCGUGCUGGCUGUGGGGCAGGGCAGCUUCGGAGCCCUGGGCCUGGGGCCAGAAGCGCUGGAGAACCGGCCCGUGCCGCUGCCCGUCGCGCCCCUGGCGGCGCUGGGUGUGGUGCAGGUGGCGGCGGGUGAGAACCACUCUGUGGCGCUGACGGCGGACGGGCGUGUGUUCGCCUGGGGCCGUGGCAAGUACGGCGCGCUGGGGCACGGCGACUGGGGCAACCGGGCGGCGCCGGCGGAGGUGGCCGCGCUGAGGGGGCGGCACGCCACACAGGUGGCAUGCGGUGGCGACCACACCCUCGUGCUCACGGCGCCGCCGCCGCCGCCGCCGGCAGCCUCAAACCAGUCUGCCUGGACCUGGGCUGCAUUGCCGCUGCCGGCGGCGGCGGCGGCGGCGGCGGCGGCGGCCCCCGGUGCGGCUGGAGGCGCCGGAUUCGCCGCUGCUCCGGCGGACGGCCAAAACAGCAGCCAGCAGCAGCAGCAGCUGCAGGGCGAGGGUGCCGGUGCUGGUGCUGGGUCCGGAGGUGGCGGGUCUGGAGGAGGUGGCGGGGUGCUGUACGCGUUCGGACGCGGCACCUGGGGCGCCACCGGGCUUGGAGCCACCGACAACACCUGCAGGCCGUGCCGGGUGCGGGGCGCGCUGGCGGCGGAGGGGCUGGCGGUGGCUCAGGUGUCUGCGGGGGCGCGGCACUCGCUGGUGCUGACUGCGUGCGGCGCCGUGUUCGCGUUCGGCAACAACGACUUCGGACAGUUGGGCACUGGCGGCCCCAUUAGUAACGCGUCUUCGGCAGCCAUGGAGGACGAUGGAUCUGGAGCCGGAGCUGGAGACGGCGGCGGCGGCGAUGACGGCGGCAGCUCUGUAGCGGUGUGCUGCUCGCCGCGGCGUGUGGAGCUGCUGCCGGCGGGCGUGCGGCCGCUGGCGGUGGUGGCGGCGGGCGACUGCAGCAUGGUGCUGGCGCAGGAAGCAUCUGCAGCUACAGCCUGCAACAGCCCCCGCAACCGCCAACGGCACGGGCAGUACGGGCUGCCGUACUCCAUUCCCGACCUGCAGCUGCUGGCGGCGGCUGCUACAGCCGCCAGCGAGAAUGGCAGUAGUGGCGGCAGUAGCGGGGGAGCCGGCGGCGGCGGCGCCGGGGGGCGGGAGCUCAGGGAGUUGGUGGUGGGCGUGGAGGAGGUGCUGGGCUGCCCAGGGUACGUGCUGUCGCUCUUCUCAACCGAAACCAACCGCCGCCGCCGCCGUACUGUCAGUGACGGUAGCCAGCGCGAUGCGUCUCCGGAACGGGGCGGGGUAACGGCAGCGGCGGCGGCGGCGGCGGCCAAGCGGCGCAAGCAGGAGGGAGGCAAUGGCGUGGCUGCGCACGAUUACGACCUGCUACAGCCGCAGCGGGGCCAACCGCAGCAGCAGCAACAGGAGCAACACGACCACGACCAACAACAACACCAGCAACAACACGAGCUGGAACAACAGGCUCAGAAGCUGCAAAAGCAGCAGCAGGGUCCGGAUCAGGAGGAGCAUCAGGAGCAGGAGGAGGAGGCGGCGGGACACGGGCUAGACGUGGACGCCGUGCAGGGCUGCUUCGCGGCACUGCUGCGGCUGUACCGGCCCGAGGUGGUGGCGGCACUCAGCAGCGGCCUGCACAGACUGCUGGAUGCAGCAGUGGCGGUGGCGGCGGCGGCUGUAGCAGCAGGCGGCGGGGCAGGAGCGGGAGCGGCAGUAGCAGGAGCGGGGGGAGGAGGAGGGACUGGAGGCGGCAGUGGUGUCGGCAGCGGCGGCGGUCCCGAGGCUGCUGCUGCUGCUGCCGCUGCUGCUGCGGGCAGUGAGGUGUUGCUGCUGCGUGUGUUGUUUGUGGCGUACCAGUGCCCGCUGCUGGCGAGCAGUGGCGUGGGCGGCAGUCUGGCCACUCGCCUGGUCGACAUCACCACACGGCUACUGCCGCACGAGGCACAGCAGCGCCUGUGUGGCUGGCUGGCGGCCCUGCCGCCCGAGCUCUUCGGCGGCCGCGUCGUGCGGCCGUUGCAAACACACCUGGCGGAGGCGGCGCAGCGGGCGGCGGAGGCGGCGGCGGUGGCGGCGGCGGCGGCGGCGCACGGGCACGGCCACAUGUGGCUGGCGGGCGGCGGCGGCGGCGGCGAGCCGCCGCAGAAGCGUCAGGUGGCGGCGGCGCGGGCGGAGCUGCUGGCGGCGGCACGUGUGAUGGCCGGUUUGUACGAGGCCAAUGAGCAGGCUGGCGAGAAGCUGCCCUACACAGAGUUCCACAACGCCGCGCUGUCGGGCUGCGUCAACCUCAAAGACGAAUACCUCAUCUGGCUGCGGGCCGGCGGCGGACGCAGCAUGUCUGGCCCCGGCGGCUGGUCCCUGUCUUCGCACGGCAGCAGCAGCGCCGGCGGCAGCAAUGGCGGGGGUGGCGGCGGCGGCGGCGGCCGGCCCCGGCGGCCGGGGGCUUGGGCGCUGUCUCCGCACACGCCUCUGUCAUCGUUGUGCCAGACGCCCUUCCUCCUCACGCCCGACGCCAAGAGCCGCAUCCUGCAGGGCGAGGCGCUCAUCCAGAAGGAGGCGGAGAUGAACGCCAGCGCCCAGGCGGCACUCAUGCAGGGCAUCCAUCCCGCCCACGCCGUGUUCCUCGAGGUGUCUGUACGGCGGGCGCACAUCCUGCACGACGCGGCUCAGCAGCUGGCCGGUCGGCCGCUGCACCAGCUCAAGAGGCCGCUGCGCGUGUCCUUCGUGUCGCAGGGCAUGGCCGAGGAGGGUGUGGACCAGGGCGGUGUGAGUCGCGAGUUCUUCCAACUGCUGGUGGCGGAGAUCUUCCAGCCUCAGUACGGGCUGUUUACCUACAGUGAGGAGACACGCACGUUCUGGUUCAACACAGCAAUGGCAGCGCUGGAGGCGGAUGGGGAAGGUGGAGGCGGCGGCGGCCUGGGAGCAGAUGCAUCCGGUCUCGCCGAGUAUAGGCUGGUGGGUCUGGUGUUGGGCCUGGCCAUCUACAACGGCGUCAUCCUGGACGUGCACCUGCCCCAGGUGGUGUACAAGAAGCUGCUGGGCGAGGGGCCGCUGGGUCUGGCCGACCUGGCCGAGGCGUUCCCGGCGCUGGGCCGCUCGCUGGCGGCGGUGAUGGCCAUGGAGCCGGAGGACGUGGAGGACACACUGUGCAGGAACUUCGAGGUGGAGACGGAGGUGUUCGGGUCGCGCCGCGCCGUGCCGCUCAUUCCCGGCGGACAGCACGUGCCCGUCACCGGCGCCAACGUGGGCCGCUACGUGGCGCGGCUGUGCGAGUGGACGCUGGGCGAGGCGGUGGAGGCGCAGUUCAGGGCCUUCGCCACAGGCUUCCACCAGGUGUGCGGCGGCCCGGCUCUGAGCCUGUUCAGGCAUGAGGAGCUGGAGCUGCUCAUCUGCGGCCUGCCCCACCUGGACUUCGGUGCACUGGAGGCCAAUGCGCGCUACGAAGGCGGCUACGGCGCCGACCACCCCACUGUGCGCAUGUUCUGGCAGGUGCUGUCGGGACUAGACCUGGACCAGAAGCGCCGCUUCCUAGCUUUCACAACAGGCUGCGACAGGGCGCCAGUGGCGGGGCUGGGCGCGCUGGUGCUCACCAUCCAGCGCAGCGGGCCGGACUCGGAGCGCUUGCCCUCGGCGCACACCUGCUUUAAUGUGCUGAUGCUGCCAGACUACAGCACGCGGUCAAAGCUCAAGACAAAGCUGUUGACCGCCAUAGAGAACGCGCAGGGCUUCGGUCUGAAGUGAGGCUACUGAGUGCAAUGGAUCAUACGCGGGAUGAGGCUGGCCGGCGCUUGGGGAUGCGGUGCUGCAGUAUCGACGUGCUUGAAAAAACGUAACACAAGCAAACAAGCGAACAUGACGCAGUACGGUAUGUGUCUGCGGCGUUCUACGGCGAGCUGGCUAGCAUAGUGGUGCUGCUGCGGUAUCGACGGCUAGCCAAGUAGGGGUGAGUAGCACCUGCAGGGGCCCGAGGCGGUCCCAUAGGCGGAGCACCAGCCCCGCAACGAAUCAGCCAGCCUCUGACGACAGAGGAGCAGGAGGCCGGGGCCGAGCAUUUCGCUUUGGGCUGCGCGAUGGUCCCAGGACAUCCCCACGCGGCGGUUGGUUAGCGGCCGCCUCCUGACGUGCCGACGACGCUCCGGGAAGGAAUUGGUGCUUUGAUGAUUGUUUUGCGUGGAAGGUUGGUCUGCUCGGCAGGAGCGGGUUGCGGGACAUACAACGCCAAGCUGCCUGCCCGUUCAUCAAGGGGGCAGGGUAGACGAUGAAUUGACAUGUACAGUGACUCGUGUGCAAUACUUUAUCGUU